AUGAAUGAAGAAGAACUUUUACAAUCUUUAAUUUUUUGUUACUUAUGUUAUUAUCCUGAAAAUAAGACUGCUUCCACAUCUCUUUUAAUAAGCUAUUGUAUGCAUGUCAUUUGUAAUAAUUGUAUUAAAGAAACGGAUUAUUGUGUUAUUUGUAAUACCAAGACUACUUUUGUACCUUUAAAUAAAUCAAUAUCUUCAAAACUUAAAAGAAAUCCUACAGAAUUAUUUAGUAGACCUGUUGAUAUUUCGAUGUUCCAAAUAACUAGUUCAAUAAAUUUAAUAGAAUAUUUAAAAGAGCAAAUAAAAGUUUAUAAAAAAUUACUUAAACUAGCCAGAAUAGAAAUAGAAAAGUUAAAAAGUAAAAAUGAGCAGAGAAAUAUAAAAAGGAGUAUUAAUAAAAAAGAAAGUAUUAAUAACGACAAAAUAAAAAGGGUGUGUGAUAUUAUUAAAACAACGAAAAGAAAAAGUGAUAAAUCAACAUCUGUAUUGGAUUUUUCUAAUAGUUCGUAUAAUGCAGGUAGAUUGACAAUUCCUAAAGAUUUUAAUCCAUACAAAAAAUUUUAUAGAAAAUAA